AUGGCUCUUCACUCUGCGGGGAAAGGCAAACUACUUGCUGUGAUCGGAGAUGAGGUUGAUUGAAACAUAGGUUCAAAUUUAUCUUGUAUUCAAAAGUAUAUUUAUGAAAAUUUCGUUUUAGGAUACUUGCGUUGGAUUUCUUUUGGGUGGAGUUGGUGAAAUUAAUAAACAUCGUCAACCCAAUUUUAUGGUUGUAGAUAAAAGUAAGUGUGUUACAAAAUUUUAGUUUUUUUAAAACUUAAAUAUUACAUUUUUCAUUUAAUUACAUGUUAAAUGUUAUGUUAAAAUCUUUGUCGAAUAAUAUUACUAAUGUUUAAAAAUUUGUAAAAUUUUCAAUGUGUAUAUAUAUAUAUAUAUAUUUCUUUAUAGACACAGCUGUGAGUGACAUAGAAGAUACAUUUAAACGUUUCAUUAAGCGAGAUGAUAUUGAUAUUAUACUUAUCAAUCAAAAUGUAAGUAUUAUAUCUAUUCAUGAAAUAACAAUAAGUUUUUAAACUAUAAAUGUAAUGCAUUAUAAAAUAAAAGUAAUGUUUUUCAUUUUUUAAAAAAUAGUUUAUAUUUAAUAACUAAAUUUUAAUUUUUUUACAUCAUUUAUAAAAUUAUAAAAUUGACAAUCAAACUUUUAUCAUACACAUAUUUAUUUAAAAUCAUAUUAAACGGAUUAUUAUUAAAUGAUAUGAUUGAUAUUUUUAAUAAUUUAUUUAAGGUUGCUGAAAUGAUUCGUCAUGUAAUCGAUAGCCAUACACAACCUAUACCAUCAGUAUUAGAAAUACCAAGUAAAGAUCAUCCAUAUGAUGCUAGUAAGGAUUCUAUUCUAAGACGUGCUAAGGUACCAAUGAUACUUAAUAUAAAAAUAUUCAUUUAUUUAUUUAUUUAUUUUCUAUUAAUUUUUGAGAAGACACAAUUGUGAAUAUUUGUAAUGUUUCAUUUUUAUAUUAAUAUCUAAAAUAUUUAGAAUCAUUUUAAAUAUUAAAUAUUUUAAAAUAAAUAUAUUUAAAGAAAAGUUAUUAGUUUGUUAUGAUUUUAUAGUUAUAUAGUUUAUUGUUUUAUUAAAGAUAUUGUUUUAAUUAUCUAUAUGAAACAAUAUUCAUAUAAUCUACUUAUCAUGCUUACUUUAAAUUCAUCAAUUUAUUAAUUAGAUAUUCUAAUUUUACUUCACAGGGAAUGUUUAAUCCAGAAGAUAUACAUUAA